AUGAGUGUGGCAAAAGUAUCCUGUAUAGACUCGCUUAGCAGGGAUAACUACGACACGUGGAAAAUACAGAUGAAGGCAUUGCUGGAGAAUGAAUCUGAGAUGCAUACUAUCGAGGUACAGCUAUCCCCAGUUGUCGAGAACGAAAAUCCAGAACAUGAAACUCCUACAACGGAACAAGAGAGCCCGAGGUUGAUCACGAUUCUGAGCCACCCAGGCGUGCCCGCGGGAGACCCAGAAUUCGGCGAACUGGUUCGAGGGGAAGACCUAGAAAGAUAUAUAGGUACAGGACACCCCCGAGAGGUUCAGCACUCUCUUCUGAAGAGGUAUUACUGUCCGAGGUCCCGAUGCCAUCAGGCAGUCAGAGGCGAGGACGCUGACGAAUGGCACAAGGCGAUGGCAGACGAAGUGGCAUCUAUCUUGAAAAAUGGUACUGGGAAUUAA